AUGACGCAGGAAUAUCUCCAGCAAUGGAGUGGUCCCUCAGACUUGAUACGUGGCCAUUUCUUCUUCUGGAGACCCGGAGAAAAGCUUCAGAGCUCGUUUCAAGGUUUGCUUCGGGGACUCUUACACGCAAUCCUUGGUAGUUCGCCCAACCUCAUUCAACAAUCUUUCCCGUCUACCUGGCAAGACAUAGGCGAGGAUGGGGACACGACCGUCCGAACAGAAAUCGACGACGAAGACAUCGAGCUUGCUUUCGAAAGUCUAAUCCAGUGCAGAGACACAUACACAGACAACAAGUUCGUCUUCUUUAUUGAUGGCUUAGACGAACUUAAUGACACUCGUCGCGGUCUCAACGACAGCCAUAGCCAGUUAGUCAAGCGUUUGAAAAGCUGGUGUACAGAUUCCGAAGGUCGUGUCAAGAUGUGUGUAGCAUCUCGAGAGUGGCCCGUCUUUCAAAGAGGAUUCGGGAACUGUCCCAAGAUUCGGUUACAGGACCUUACCCGUACCGACAUGAUUCAUUACACUCAUGAUUUCCUGUCCCAAAACGAUCCGUAUCAAGACCUUGGCAUAUCGCCAGAGAGGACAGAACGGUUCGUCUAUGACAUUGUCAACAAAUCAGCCGGGGUCUUUCUAUGGCUAGCACUCGUACUGCGAGACUUCGAUGACGGCCUCGAAAACGGCGAUGAGAUUGAGCACCUGAGGGAAAAGUUGGACCAGCUCCCGGAAGAGGUCGAGGAGCUCUUUUCACACCUGUUGCGAUCUAUCAGUCCGGGAGACAAAUCAUUGAGGUCACUGCAGCCACUGGAUGAGAUGAUUGAAGGCGUCAUAUCCCGUCUCGAAGAUGCAGGCGUCCUGGAUCAGACCUACAUAUUUUACACCACUGAUAAUGGCUACCACAUUGGGCAGCAUCGCUUUCAGCCAGGCAAGCAGAGCGCUUUCGAGGAAGACAUCAAUAUCCCACUCAUUGUCCGUGGACCGGGCAUUGCGGAGGGUAUGGUGACGGAUGUAGUCACUACGCAUACUGAUCUGGCGCCGACAUUGUUGAAGCUUGCUGGUGCAGAACUGAGAAGUGACUUCGAUGGUGCUGCCAUCCCGUUGGCAUCAUCCGACAUCUUCCUCCCAUCGAGCCGGAGACCGGACACGAUCGCUCAGACAUGGCUACUUCGAAACAAAGAACUGAAGCGAACCGAAAUCGACGAGUUGAAGCAGGAUAGAGCCAUAAGACUGGGUGGCUGCAUGCUGAUAACAUGA